AUGGAGAGGGCACCCCGGAGUCCCUGCCACGCCCCUGCUUGGGCUGUUUGUGGCGACCCUCUCCUGGGCGACCCUCUCCUGGGCGACCCUCUCCUGGACGACCCUCUCCUGGGCGACCCUCUCCUGGACGACCCUCUCCUGGACGACCCUCUCCUGGGCGACCCUCUCCUGGGCGACCCUCUCCUGGGCGACCCUCUCCUGGGCGACCCUCUCCUGCUCAUCACUCAAGUGGUGGAUGUUCAUUAUCAGCCCGAAAGCGGGCCCCACGAACUCACCAGGUCAGCGCUGGACGGGACGGUGCUGGUUACCAAACCCAACCCUCCAGCCCUGCCGGUGUUCUCCUUUGUGUGCGGACAAACAGCCGAGCGCGGGAGGUCGGGGCCGGGGUCACGCGGCUCCGGGCUGCAGCUGCUGCCGUGGGGCGGGGGUCCCGGGCGGGCCCCCCGGGCGUCGCGGCCGGCGGCGGCAUCAGCAUUCCGGAGGCGCGGGCGGCCGCUGUCCUCGCACGACCCCGGCCCGUCCAGAGCGCGCCCCGCUCCGACCCUCGGGGCGCCCGCGCGCGGGGAGCGCGGGCCGGGCGCCGGAGCAAGGCACAGCUGCCUGUGUCCAGGAUCACCCGGUCAGGCCAUGUCGUCCCGUGAGCUUCUCACCAUGACGCAAGCUUUUGCCCACAUCCACCUCGCCCCCUGCUCCACGAGCUGCCCACAGCCGAAGCUCUCCCCGCUCACCUCUAGGGCCCUCGCCUUGGCCCAGAGCAGGUAUCAAAAGACAACGUGACAUGGCCCAGAGGAGCCUGGGGAGACAAGAGGACCACGGUCAGUGCGUUCUCCAGCUCGGAUGCUUCCGGUGGGAGUCUUCGGUGGGAAGACUGUGGACACAUCGACUUCAAGUCUGGAGUCGAGUUGAUAAUGGAUCAAUGUCAGCUUCUUGGUACUGGCACACGUCCCACGGUGACCUGGGGGAAACUGGCUGAGGGGCGUAUGGGAACUCUGAAAUUACUCUAAAACUAAACAUUAUUGGGGCGUCUAGGUGACUUAGCCGGUUGAGCUCCCAACUCUUGUUUUCGGCUCAGAUC